AUGACUUCAUUGAAUGGGAGGUAUGAUCUUCCGCCAUUGCAUCGCAGAAUCGUCAUCAUGAUCCAAAUCCUCUACUGUGGCGCUCUCGGUCCAAAACCCGGCUGGCGCUCGAUAUAUCAGAUCCCAGGGCCUCCAAAAGCAAUGUCAUCCAACCCUCCGAAUGAAGAGGGAGACUUCCCAUCGAACGAUGAGCAACAGCAACAAGAAAACAGUUCGAACGUCGAUCGUGAAAUUAUGGGCGUCACCAGCCGAGGGACAGCACCGCGCGUGUCGCGACGGAAGCGGUCCGAGUAUGCACGAUCCUGGAACCGAUCCAGUUCUCGACGGCGCGUUGGAGAAACAGGAUCCAAGUACCGUUCUCGAUCCAGACACUAA